CCAAGUGUCCUACGGAAGUGUCAUUGUCACUUGCUUUAGUCAAUAUUUGAAAACCAAGUUCCUCUUGACACCAGUAUUCAAAGUCUGGCUUUGAAAGGCUUUGAAAGUUGCUUUUCCAGUUGAUUCUCCGUUGGUUGGGCGCAAAAAGGGCGUCCAGAAGGUUUGUUGAGAAGCAUGGAGACCAACAAGGGAGGGAAGUAUCCUGCACCAAGUUUUUCCACAGAGAAUGAACCGUUCUACGAUCUUCUAAAGACAGGAAACAACGCGAAUCAGCAGUCCUCUUUGUCAGGGGUUGCAACCAAUCCAGUGGAUUUUGGGGAGAACAUCUUGCCAAGCUAUGACUUCCAUCCCACCAGGCCAGCACCCUCUCUCAACAACGGCAACAAGAUGAUGUCACCUACGCUGUCUGAACAAUCGCUGGACGGCAAGUCCUCAACCAGUGAGCCCCUCCAUGGCAAGCAAGAGCGCUCGGUUGCCGACGUGGACGAUAGCAAGGACGCCGUAGCGGCAGUGGAGCGCACGAUGAAGAAGUAUGCCGACAACCUGCUGCGAGUGCUGGAGGACAUGCGGGGCAAGCUGACGCAGCUGGAGCGCACUACAGACCGCCUGGAGAGCACCGUCGCAGAGCUGCAGAACAGGAGCGCCGACCAGCAUGGGGAGCUGGACGGGCGCGUCAGGGGGCUGGAACACGUCCUACGUGAGGUACAGCGCGGCGUGCAGCUGCUGCGGGACAAGUCGGAGCUGCAAGAGGCACAGGCGGAGCUGGCCAAGAUGCAGAUGACAACCACCGCCGCCAAGCCUCCCCUUCCCGCGCAAGCCCCUCCUGCGCUCACGGCACCGCCCCAGACAUUCCCGGCGCUCACUGCUCCCCCGUUGGUCCCUGAGGAACCCGCGAAGCCAGCGGCGCCGAUGCAGAUGCAGCCACAGCCCCAGGUCGAGCAGCAGCCAGCGCCUGCCCCUGUCCCCCUCCCAUCGGCUCCUUCUGCCCCCCCUCAGCAGCUCUCCGUUCCGGUUCCUCAGUACCAGGCCCCCCCCAAGCCCCCAGCCAGCCCCCACCCCAGGCACCCCCCACAGCCCCAGCAACCGCAGGGGCCGAGCGGGCCUGCCCCCCGCCCCCGCCAGUACGGGCCCCAGGCGCCUCCCUACAUGCAGAGGCCCCCUCCCCAGCAGCAGCAAGAGGCGCCCGCGUAUCUGCCUCAGGGGUAUGGACAGCAGGCCGGCGCGCCCCCCCACCAGAUGCCGCCUCCUCCGCCGCAGCCGCAGCAGGGACCCCCUCGACAGGGCUACGAAGGCGCACCCCCGCAGGGAGCACCACACCCAGGUGGCCGGCUAGCCCUUCCGCCGCCCCCUGGCAGCUACGGCCCCCCGCCACCCCAGGGCUAUAGUGAACGGCCCGGGUCGACGGGGGGGUACGACCGCCCUCCGAGCGCCAGCUAUGAUCGUCCCCCCACAUCCGGAUAUGAGCGCCAGGCCCCGCCUCCCUUCGAGCGGCCGCCCCCUCCGAACUACGAUCGGCAAUCCGGGUACGAGCCUCGAGUGCCAGCAUCCCCAUACGGCCCUCCUCCUCAGUAUGGUGCAGGGGGGCCUCCGCCUGCGCCCGGGACAUAUCCCCGCUUGCAGAUGGCUCAGCCCGUGCAGUCUUCAGAACCACCUCGGACAGCUGGCUCCGGUGGACCAGCGCAGCUGAGCACGAGCAAGAUGCCCAUCGAGCAGGUGAUUGACGACGUGGCCGCAAUGGGAUUCCACAAAGACGAGGUUCGCAGCAUCGUGAGGCAGCUCACCGAGACCGGCAAGUCAGUGGACCUCAACAUUGUGUUGGACACACUCAUGACGCGGUCAGGGGGAGCAGCUCCUACCGGGAGGAGCUGGUAGGGCCGGUAUGGUUUCUCGCAUGGGAGUCCAGUGUACUUUAGGUGUAACCCACAAGGUAGCAUAUUACGUACGUCACUUCGUCAACUUGUACAUUCUUGUGCUCAUUUUUGCUUAUCUCGAUGUUGUAUGCUGACAUUGUACUAGAGCAGAUUCGACCACCUU